CUGUCUGGUUUUAGUAGCACUUGUUACCGGAACGGCAUUUAGCGUCGCUUGUUUUUUUUUUUUUUUUUUUAAUUGUUUCACGGUAAAACAGGUCAAGGUACGAUACCGUACAUUUACGGUACUGGGUGCUUCCAUAAUUCAUUCGAAAUCUUACUAGCUUUUUCGUAAUUUUCGUCGGACGUGGAUCUUGUAGACUUGGACAGUGGAUCAGCUAGAGCUCUUAGACUUGCAGCAACAACAUCACCACCAGCAACAGCAGCAACACCUUCACCAUCAGCAGCAGCAACAGAGUGGGGCACAGCAUUUCAUGACUGAGAUUGACAAGAAGCCUGUCAUCCUCGUGGUCCCCAGUAUCCCCGGACCAUCGUCGUCUUCCUCAUCUACCUACUCGUCCAAGAUGGCAGCAACUCCUAUGAACGUGUCCUCAGCGGGAGCAGGGGCUGGUCGCAUCUUGAGUGGACAGCCCAUGCAUAUGGGCGGGGGCAGUGGCAGCGGAGGAGGGGGUAAUCCUCAGAUGAUGCCGGGCCAGGAGAUACCCACCAACUUGAUGGUGAAGCAAGGUCAUUCGUCUUCUGCUCAACCAGCAUUUGCUGGAGGUAGGACACAUGUGCAUGCGUCAAAAACCAAAGGACCCUUGAAUGCCGCAGCAGUCAUCCAGCAACUCCAGCAACAGAGACCUACAGCACCCCAGAGCAAGUACGCCGAGCUGCUGGCAGUCAUCGAGGACAUGGGGAGGGAUAUCAGACCAACCUAUGCUGGUAGUAGGACAGCUACAGAGAGGUUAAGAAGAGGUAUCACGCAUGCGAAGGCCCUUGUGAGGGAGUGUUUAGCAGAGACUGAACGCAGUGCAAGAACAUGAUCAUCCUUCCGUGUGAACAUUCCAUGCCAACUUGACGCAGCGCACCUCGGACCUUACCAAGGUUAAACCUUAUCCUGCAUGCAAUAUGAGCUGGUGCUAUCUGAACAUGGUACAUUAUAUAUAUCUCGCCAUGAUACCCCAUUAAAACUGAACAUGUGGGACCGAACGUAAGCAUGAAGGAUAAAAUAGGCACCCUCUUUGGUGGGUGUUAAUGCAUUUUUGUUAGUAUAUAUACAGAGGUUGUAAAUUAUGCUCUGCUGUAAAUGUAAAGGCACUUCCUGUCAGUUCUUAUCAGCUUAGCUUUUCAGAAUUUCAGUUGAUAAACUUGCCAGUGUCGACUUGUUGAGGACCGGUCAUGUCUGCGACAGUUUGUGUUUCAAGUCUGCUUGAAUGUAGAUUUGAAUAUUUCCCAGAUGACUAAAAUAAAAUUAGAUAAAAUUGAAUAGUUACUCUUCCAUUCUGCACAGUGUUCAUAAGUAAGCCCAUCAUCUAUUAAAAGGUAUUAAAGAAAAAUAAUGAUUUUUUCCAAAUCAUGCAGCUAGCCUUGGACCAGAAUGGUUGAAUCCCCCAGUCUCUUAUUGUUACCCAGAUAAUGUGUUUGAAUGUAACUCUUUCUUGGCAAGAAUUAGUCUGAUGAACCUUGAUCUACUUUUAGUUGAUUCUGGGAAAAAGAGGUAUUUAAAAAAUAAGUUUGUACUGGAAAGGUAAAAAAUUAAGACAUAGCCAUAGUGUGCUGGUAUAGGGUUUUGAGGGUUUGACUUUUCCUAGAUUCAUACCAAUACCUUAGGGCUCCCAAUCCUUUCUUUGAAUGGCAUGCCGUCGUUUGACCGUAUUUACAUUGGAAAUAGCUGCGCUCCAUUGAAUUCCACACCUGUGGGGGCUCUCUUCUCCAAUUUUCUAGGGGAAAAGAGUUCUCUGGGACCAGAAAGAUUAUAAGAUUAGAAGGGGAGAUCUUGAAGGCGUAGGGAGUUCCCCUCCACCCCGCUGUCAGUGUGACUGUGAACAGCAAGAUAUUUAUAUUGGGUUAUAAUGCUGCAUAUAUACAGGUUAAUUGGCUGGAGACACAGGCUCAUUAGAUAAUUGAUACUUGUUGGUGUGUUGAUGAAUUUGAACACGCUGCGAUGCGGAGCAAUUGUCCGCUUUGGUUCCAAGCCAAGAUGCACUCAGUAAGGCUGGCCGACUUGGCUGGAAAGUUGAGUUUAACCAGCCAGACCUCAGGUGCUGUGGAGCAUUGCCAGUAAAUGCUGCAUGAUAGAAUGAAAUGUGCUUCACUCGGAGGAAAGUGUCAGGAUCGGGAUGCUCUCCCUCAAAAUUAUGAAUUCUUAUUGCAUUGUUUUUGGUUUGUUUUCAAUGUACAUUGCUAAAGCAAAAAAAAAAUGGAAUUAAUGAGAUGACAUAAUUGAAGGGAUGUAGCAAGAAACUUUUGUAAUUGAUCGUAAAUUUUGAAAGAUAUUUUGUAAUUGAUUUAUACCUUCUUUUCCAUGGAGACCAGCAAUCAACUGGAAAUUUGUAAUUAAUACACGGCAAGACUUUGCAGUUAGUCGCAAGUUUCUUGCUAUGCCCCCUCAAGCUCUUUCUAAUCUUGGUAGUAGUAAAACUUAAAAGCACGUCAAAAAUUCAACUUUGAAAUGUGAUGCAUUUGUUGUGAUAGGCGAGUUUCAUUAAUUGUUAAUUUUUUUUUAAUCAUCAACUGUUAAUUACCUGAUGAUGUUACAGUAUGCAUCCCAUGACUUGCUACAGAAUGGUAGGAUUGCACGAGAUUCAUGCUCAUGAAAUUACAUAAGGAAUGGAUGUUAGUAUCUUGUUCUUCGAUGGGAACUGUUCCUUUUGCUACAGCCUCACCCACAAAGCGGACUCUUAACCGACCCAUGGCAUGUCACGGUAAGCGACAUUCUAGCUUUGCUUGGUCCAGAGUUUGUUUCGUCAGUGUGACUGUGGUAUGAGAGUGAUGGUGAUGAUUAGGAUCAUUUACUCGAGGAGGAGACAUUUUACUUAUCUGUGAAGAGACUCAAGAGAGGAGGUUUGGAGAGUGUUUGAACCAUGGGGCAUGCAUUCUGAACUCGGGGCUUGAUUUAAACUCUGGGCCCCCGUAACACAAAGGUUCGCGAUUAAUCGCUAAUAACACUGCCUAAAGAUCAAGAUCAUCGUUGCAUGCGCAUUUUGCUCAGUAGACUGACGAGGAACCAAUCAGAAUUGUUCUUUCAAACUAGCGAUUGAUCGCUAACCUUUGUGUUACAGGGCCCCGAUCUAAAAUUGUGGUUUAAGAUUAAGUAUGGAUAGCCAGUUGUUAUACAAAUUUGUAACAGAACAGGUUCAGUGUAUCAGCUUAUUUGACAUUUAAAUCAUGAAUGACUGUCUGGGAAAGAGAAAGGCCAGAGAAAACAAAAGCACCAGACAAUGUUCACUAGCAUAUUCUCACAUUUUCAGCUGCCCAUAAAUGUAGCACAGACAAACAGAGUGUUGCAAGAAACUUGCAGUUUAUCGCAAGAUCAUUUUAGGAACACAAAUCAAUUGAAUGGCACCCUUUUUUUUUGCGAUUGACUGUCUGCUCAUUGCAUUAGUACCAGCUGGUUUGCUUUAGUUAAAAUUGAUCUGUCACUUGUAAAUUCGCAUCUGAAAUUUGCAUUUGAUUGUAAAUAUUUUUUUGCAACACCCUUUAAAACCAUUGUAAUAAGGCUUCCUCUUUAGAAUAACAAUGUUUCUUUUAAAGACAUCACCAGGUUUUGUUGAUAGUUUUUUUUUUCUUUUUUACGAAUUGCACUAUUUCAAAACAGGUGUUGGCAUGUUUUGGCAAAUUCAACUUGUUAUUUUGCUAGGUGCCAAGUUCAUACAUGUAUUUCAUAACUCUCCUUACCAGAGUUACGAGACCAAGUUCCUGAAAUUUUGUGUUUUUAAGUUUCAUACAUCCCCCUAACAAGCUAUAGAUGUCAUUAAUUUCAUCUGAAUUUGUGAGUUAUUUAUUUAUUGGAAAGAGUAUGAUGUCUUUUUUGAUAAACUUCAUAGUUUCUUAGUGUGGAUAUACCCCUAAAUGUUUGGGGGUAAAGUAGAAUGUAGCGCAGCACUUUUCUGUUUGUAGGUAUGUGGAUUCUCGUAAGUAGUGUUCAGAAUAAUAGUGUAUACAGUAGUUAAUUCAUUAUCAUAAAUGUUAUUGAUGAAUGAUCAGAUAACUUUGUAUUAAAUAAUUUCUUUUUCAAUCAAGUAAAGUACUACUGUAAUGGAUGAAUUUCUCUAUUGCAAAUAGAGAUGAUAAUUGGUAGUAUUUAGAAAUGAGGCUUUUCAUUUUUUGAUUAAUAUUAAUGUUGAUUAUGUGAUUUCAUAGCAGUCAUUUGUUCUCAUAUAUGAUUAAUAUAUGUGUUUGUGAAUUCAUCUUCGGAGGUAUUUAAUACAGGGGAUGGAGUUCAUGAGAAAUGUGAAUGUAUCUCUUAAUUUCUUAAAUAUACAAUGUAUGAGAAAAUUUAAAUGUAUAUUUCAUUAAUUUUGCAAGAGUAAUUUUGACUUUGCAAUUGUGUACACAUUUAAAUGUUGGGGGUAGUUGUCCUCCAUCCACCCUCUCCUAUUAUAAACAACUCUUAAACUAAAGUACGCUCCAGAUUGUUUUAUGAAAUAAGUGAUUUAUUAAAAGCAUCACCGUUAUCAAAUGACAUUCAACUCUUAUGCGUAUCGUUCUGCAGUGCAGAAAAGUGUGCACUAAAAAUUGGCAUUGCACGCUCCAGCAUACAAGUGCUUAUGUGACACAAUCAGAGAGCACCAAAAAUUGACCUUUACAUAGACUUGUGUUUUCUGUACCCCUUUCUCAUUGGAAAAAAAAAAUGCAUGCUCUUUUUUGCAUAAAAGUUUCUUUAGUUGACUUGUGCACAGUGCGGCACCAUUUUAAAGAAACCUCGUAUGGACUGCAUUUGUGUACAAUUCCAAUAUGAAAACACCCUCUUUGCCUUUUUCUCCCCUUGUGUUCCACUGAAUAUAUUGCAUCCCCCUCCCCCUCCUGAAGAAAUCCUUUCAUCCUUGUUUGAAUAUCACUUUAACAUUAGGUGGGCAAAAUCCUGAAGAAUACCAAGGUUAUCGGGAUUAUAACAAAUCCUUCAAACAUUUGUCUUCCAUGAAAACCAUAUCUAAUUAAAUCAAUAUAUUCUACAUUUCCAAGUAGUCACAACGCUGGAGAUUUGCUUUGUCAUCUGCAUUCAUUUCAAAUCGCUUCUCAUCGCAAGAAAGUCCCGGAGCUGACACGUGCGCUCGUGCUUUUAUUUCCAGAGUUGCCAGAUUGGUUGAAUCGUCUGUUAACAAGAUUACCGGAUAGAAAGGAGAACCAAAUUAGUCACUUGUAAUUCUAUAGAAAUCUUGAGGCUUGAGAAUUUAAUGUGUCUUGGCAUCCACCUGUUAUUGAAAAAAAAGGUUGCGAACCUGAGUCACUGUUCGAUAGAUUUACCCAUCUGUCUAUCUUUCCCAAAACGUCCCCAAAGUUAAAGAUAAUUAUACGUUGUUAAAAAGUAUAUUCUCACGUUGUUUCUUUCAUGAAUUUCAGGUUCUUUGUGGCCCAGUUCAUCAUGUGAACUUGUGAAGUGAAACUGGUGUUCUUAUCAUGGAGAUAUAUAUUAAGAAUUCAUCAAAUGCAAUUUAAAUGUGUAUUGCAGGUUUUGCUAGUUUUGUGAAAGACCCCACUUGUUAUCAAAGGUUCAGUCAGGGUCUGUGCCUGCGAACUAUGUGAAUACUCCUCUUUUGAUUGUAAAAAAAAGAAGAAGACAGAAAAUCUCUUGUGAACAAAAUGGGAUCUAUUAAGGGCUUCCUGCCGGGAGAGAGAGAUACAACAAACCUUGUAAGUUGGCGUUUCCUCCCACCGAGCCAAUUAAGCCGACAAUGGGUUUUGACAACUGCGGUGGAUGCAGACAAUAGGCGGCAUGAGAUGCCACAUCGGGGGAGGCGGCGUGACUCGUCACAUUUUCCCUUCCCACAAGACGGGUUUGAGGACUGUUACAAAAAAGGACACCUCUCUUCUUUUUCUUCUCUAUUGUGGCUUUUGGGAGGAGGGGCUUCAGGGGUUGGAGUUUACAGAUCUUUUUAAGGUCCCAUGACAUGAUAAAAUCCCUCUCAAGCUUGGUUGCAAGCUGUAAUAUGAAUGGAAAAGACAGAAGAAAAAGAAACAAGGAAGAAAGGAGAAUGGAAGAACAGAUAAUUCAAUCUGGAACAAAAAAAGGGGGAAGGACAAAUAAUACCGGUAGGCGAGGGCAGGCAUGGAGGUACCUUUGACAUUUGGUUUUACAUGUAAUGUUCUCUUAUAAUGGUUUAUCUGUUUGAUGAGGAAGUUAAAAUUUUGUGGUGACAAAAUUUAAAACAUUAAUAUUAAUCAUAGACAACAUCCUUAAGAUUAUUUAAGUUGAAACUUGUUUUUGUUUGAUGUAUUGUAUUAUAGAUCUGUAAAUAUAAGUGUGCAUUCUUCUACAUGUGGGAUAAAUUGGGUAUGUUGCUAUUGUGUAUUAAAGCUCUGUACAGUUACUAUUAAAACAUUAUCAAUAUUUGAUAGAA